AAUUCGGAAAAUUGUUGUGGCAGUAUAUACAAUUUUGCGAAAAUUUAUAUAAGCAAACAAUUUAAUAAAAAGGAUGCUUAAAAAUAAAUCAGAAAUAUUCGGGAAUAGUGAAUCAACAUUCUUAAUUAACAAAAUAUUCUCGUUGGAAACAAUAAUUAACCGUGUAAAAAAUUUUUGAAGCUCCAAUUUUUCCGACUAGUAAGGAGCAUAGACUUAAAAAAUUUGAUAACCGUCUAACUAAUGGUCGAAAUUCAACGGAUCUUAGCAGUAGGUCUAUUGAAAUACCUAGAAUGCCCAACUGUGGAUCAUCUAAUGGUGGAAGGACUUCGGAUUCAAAAGAAUUAAUAAACAUUAAAAAAAAUAGACACCAUGAAGAACAACGAGUAAAGCAACAUAACAUUUUUUUUGAUAAUUUAAAAAUAGACCAGGACAAUCUUGAUAACUCCUAUGACCAAUAUACGAAAUCUGACAACACUACUAGCAAUGACAACAGUACUAGCAAUGACUUGGAAAAAAUCUUUGUUGUCCCAUCAAGAAGUUCGGCAGGAAUAGCAGCGUCGUUGUCCGAACUGCUCUUACGCCAGCCGAAAGCUAUUUCUCAGCAUUGGCAAACAGCACCAGAAACAGAAAGCUGUCAAGAAGAGGUGUAUCGCAAUCAAAAUGAACUAUUCUCUUGUAUAUACACUAAUAGUAUGCUAAAUCAACAAAAAUGCUCGCAGCAGCAGCUUUUGGCCACGCAACUUUUUUACGCACGGCUUUUUCAGCCACACCUAGCAGAACAAGAUUUCUCGUCGGAGAAAUUUACCGAUAGGACCCCAAAUAUGGUUCACCACGCAGGAUUAAAGAAGCCUAUGAUUGGACAAGAUGAACUGGCACGAACACCAUCCUCGCAAGAUAAUAAUAACAAUAUUGAGUUAACUAACGAUUUGGAAAAUUGCUCAAGAUGUGAGGAUCAACCAUUAUUUGAAUUUACUAAAGUUCAUAAAAAUCAGAGGACUGCGCAAAAAAACAUGCAGGAAUUGGAAAAUUGUAAUUCUAUUUUAAAUAAAGCACAACAAUUUAUCCAAAGUAAGGAAUCGAAGUGCACAGAUGAGUACGACCUACAACAUACGUGUGAAUUUAUCCGGGAAAACAAAAGCGUACUAAUCGACGUUAAAAAUAGACUCGAAAAACUUUCUGUACUAUCGGCUAAAUUCAGGAAAAGCCUGAGUGUGCGUCAAUGUCACGUCGAUGUAAAUAAUGGUUCGGAUUCAGCACUUGAGGCAACUGUGGGGCGACAACUAGAUGGGAAUUGCAAGUCAAUUGAAAGAGUACUUGAACAAGUAAAACGGCUUUAUAAUCAAUGGAGCAGCGCUGAGCUCUACUACCGUCGAAGUUUACAACGCUUAGGACUCACUUCAGAAGAAGGUGUUGAAUGUAGUCCUACGCCAACACACACCAUUAUGGCUUUGGCUGCGAUAGCAUUAUCUGAAGAAAGAGAGCUUUCAAUUAAGAAAACCACUGGUAUUGACCCUGAGCACCUCGAAGUUGAAAGCCGGUCGACAAAACCUAAAACACUGAACGAAAUAGAGGAUAUAAUACUACAACUAGCUUCAGCUGUUAAUAUGCAUCAAUCUAGUGUACCUAGCACCACACCUGAUGUCUACAGUGAUGGCGUCAAGAGCGAUUUCGAAGAAACAACUUUAAUACCCACUUGCAUUUGGCAUACUAAUAAGCGGAGAUUUCGGCAUAAAGAGGAGGUUGAACAGUGUACCACUGCAGCUGAGAUUAUUUUAGAAUAUGCUUCAUUGUCUUCAUCAUCUAAUGCAAACACGCUACGCGUGCCUGAUACUUCCACAUCUGUUUCUAACUUUACUGACGCUGUAGAAAAUUGUAGUGUCACAACACAAUCCCCUAAUAUGUUAAGUAACAAUCGGGAAGGCUCAGCUGUGUCAAUCAUUACGGACCCUUCGUUCUUUUCCGAAUUUCCUACUGCACCUUCUACACCUUCGACAAGUAGUAACAGUGGCUGCUCGACUGGAAUAGUAUCUGGAAUUUUUGGAUUAGGUCACAAUCGAAGAAAACCACGAUUUGCAAGGCGUAUUGAAACUCUGACUUCAGAUUCUUCUACAUCUAAAAUUAUAAAGGGUAGUGGCGAUCAGGAGUUCUCAUACCAGCUACUUACUUCCCCAAAAUCAUCAAAAACAGCAGAAAAUUUGGCGCCUCAAAUUUCUACGACCACACCUUCAAUUAAAAUUGCUGUGACAACCACGCAGGAACGUUCCAUAACCAAUAUGUUCAAGGCGCGGCUUUGCGCAUUAACGGCAGAUACUGGAACACUCGAGUCUGAAAUUGUACCAAUGCUAGAUGCUCCGUAUGACUUAAGUAUUGGAACCAAGAUAAAACCCAUGAACUUGGAUACAAAAAACUCAUCGAAUACACAAUCAAACGAUGCUAAGGAGACUUCAAAUGAUAAAAAAAAACCCCAUAUCAAGAAACCACUAAAUGCGUUUAUGCUUUAUAUGAAGGAAAUGCGUGCUAAAGUAGUUGCCGAAUGUACACUCAAAGAAUCGGCUGCUAUUAAUCAGAUAUUGGGAAGACGGUGGCACGAACUUUCCCGCGAAGAACAAAGCAAAUAUUACGAAAAAGCUCGACAAGAGCGUCAAUUACAUAUGGAAUUGUAUCCGGGGUGGAGCGCACGAGAUAACUAUGGUUACGUGUCAAAAAAGAAAAAGCGAAAAAAAGACAGAUCGACAACGGAUUCGGGAGGUAACAAUAUGAAAAAAUGCCGAGCCCGAUUUGGUCUGGAUCAACAGAAUCAAUGGUGCAAACCUUGCAGGCGCAAAAAAAAAUGCAUUCGUUAUAUGGAAGCACUGAAUGAAAAUGGGCCCACCGAAGACGGGAGCGGUAUUGAUGAACACGGAAGCCAGCUAAGUGAUGACGACGAUGACGAAUACGAUGAUGAUAAACUGGCCGGAAGUUGUGGAAGCGGCGACGAAAGUAAUAAAAUAGUAGAUGACGACACCGAGUCUUUAAAUCAAUCCAUGCCCAGCCCAGGCUGUCUAAGUGGAUUGUCCAGUUUACAGAGCCCAUCGACAACAAUGAGCUUGGCAAGCCCACUUAAUAUGAAUAUCAAUCCAGCAACUAAUGUUGUAUUUCCUGCCACCUCAAAUGCCCUUUUGAUCGUCAGUGCAGAUCAGCAGACUUCACAACAACGGUCCACAUCUGUGUCUACAUCAGGAUCGAGUAGUGGGUCAACUAGUAGCAUUAGCACUACCCCAAAUACUUCCAGUACAGUUUCGCCAGUUACAGGUACGACGGGUCCAUCUCCAAGUUCAUCGCAUGAAAGAGCCAUGAUGCUUGGAAAUCGAUUUAGUCACUUGGGAAUGGGGUUAAGUCCUCCAGUAGUUAGCACAAGUAGCUGUAGCCCUGACACAUUUUUUCAGCCACAUCCCACAGUUUGUAAUAAUGCUAUAUUAUCGUUGCCAUCGAUUGGUAAUAGUAGUAUAAACCAUUCUUCAAUGCCAAACAUUUCCCGAAACCCUAUUGGUGCUAACCCACGGGAUAUUAAUAAUCCCCUGAGCAUUAAUCAGUUAACUAAAAGACGUGAAUAUCAAAAUGUUGAAUUGAUGAAAGGUAGUAACUCUCAGACUAUUGUAGCUCAUGCAGCCACCUCCAUUAUUCAUCAUGUGGCGGCACAUGGCUAUCGCGCGAACCAUUCUCUUUUAAACAGCACUUUUAGCCAACAUUUCCAUCAACAGUUAACUAACCAUAUGGAAACAGCUAAAAGGAGUGAGCCGACAAUGUUGUCCGUAAGUACUCAUGCUGUAAAUAGCAGUGAAUGCCAUAAAGCAUCUGAUCCACAAGCAAAUGCAUCUGUAAAGACUACAAGCGCAGGCGCUUCCGAAACUGGCGUCAUUAGCGUUUCAUAACAGAUCCAAAUGUAUUUUUACAUUUAAUUAUUCAUAAGUGAGCGAAAAAUAAUUCAAAUAAAUAACCGUGCAAUAAUUAUCUCGACAUCCCAUCGCCAUCUUAUGAAACCAGAGGCCAUUAAUAACUAGUGCCAAGAUAUACAACGCAAUAUUUCUUUUUUAUAAUUAAACUAUAUACUAAGUUCACCGAAUCUUAAGACUUAUGCACAAAACCCGAUAGCAUCAACUUAAUUAGUGGCCAACCGUAAAUAUUUCUUAAAAUAAACCUGAGACAGAUCCCAAGCUAAGAAAUGCCAAAUAAAUUAACAGACAACAUACACUAACCAUCAAUCCAUUUUGCAAGCACAUGUCCUAUCUUCAAUGCUUAAUUCAUUAACCUAAUCUCUAAAACUUUAUGGCCCUAUACGGUAUAUCACUUCCGAUAAUUCGAUUUCAGUUUUAUGUUGGUUUGCUUAAAUGAAUUCUUCUAAACAAUAUUAAUGAAAUAGUUCGGUCUUUCUAGUUACAGUGUAAAACAAAAAUUAAUUAUUAUUUGUUUUAGAAUAAAAUUAAAACUUUUUAAAGAUGUCGGUGUCCUUAAUAUAUAUGGCAACGAGAGAACUUGUUGAAGGCAGCCAUAUAUAUAUUUACUUCUUAUCAUACGAUCUUUGAUCAUCUUGAUCAGGAUCACUACCCAAGUCGAUUUAGCGAUGACUGUCUGUCCAUUCGUCAGUCCAUAUGAACGUCGAUAUUUUAGGAAGUGUAAAAGCUAUAGAGAUCCUCAACUCUCUCUUUGGAAUGCGAUUUUAGUGAUGUAUGCGUAUUGUAACGCCUACAAAUUGUAAAAUUCAUACUUUCUUUUUAUUUUGUCAUUGCCUAUACCCUACCUAAAUUUUGUUAAACCUGACAGUUAUUAAAAAUCUUUUAUAUAAAUUAAGGUUAGAAGGCCUUUUAUGGUCACUGAAGUCACUAUUAGUUGAAGUAAAUGGCGCUAGCCCCAUUAGUGUUUGUGGCUCCAUCUGAAGGUUUGUUUUAAAGAUGGUGAACAAUGUACCGGGCGUUUGAUAGUCGAGACACUCGAUUAUAGCGUUUCUUUUUGUUAAGAAUUUUUUUCGAGCAAUGAUCGCUGGAAGCUUUACAAAUUUGUCACGCUCGCAGUAACGAAAAAUCCAAGUUUCAGAUUAAAAUUGCUUUAAUGAGAACGUCAAUGUACAUAGUUGUCAUAUUUCUGUAAGCAUUUAGAAAGCCUUUUAAUUAUUGGACGUAACUUUUCGACCAUAAAAAUCCAAACUGUAAUUUUUGUUUUUGAAUAACACUAUUCUUGAUCAUUUUAAUUAUUUUCAGCAACAAAAUAAUUUAAAAUCAUAUUGAAAGUGCAUUAUGAAUAGCUUGAUUGAUACCAUUCGUUAGAGAUUCCUGACAGUCUUUAUUAUAUUUCGAUUCUUAAAAAAACUUCCAUUCUAAGUAUUUCACAUACGCUGGCGGAAUUACAAAUUUUUAUUUGAAGUUCUGCCGAACUCACUUGGUACUUCAAAAUACAAUAGAACAAAUUUUAUUUGGGGCUAUUCGUAUAUUUAUCAACAUGUUUGAGUUGCAAGCGGUUUAUUUCUGUUAACAGUACCACAAUCCUAAUAACUUUACAGCUAAGGAUUUAAACAGAAUAUCAUCUGCAAGAAAGAACAUUUAAUUGAUGUUUUGUAGAAUUGAUUUACGCAUAAAUUUUAAAUAAGAUGUGAAAUAAUAUACAUAUAUAUAUAUGCAAUAUAAAAAAAAAAUGUAAAUAGGUAACAUUUUCAAAUAGAAAGUACUGAUAAUGCUUACGAAUUUAUUGACCAUAAGACCUGAUAGCUACUAUUCCAUGAAAAGCUAAAUUUCUGAUAAUAAUGCAAUUUUUACAAAUUAUUUUCUGGUAUAAAUUAUUAGGUCACAUUUAAAUACUUACUUUGGUUUAUCGCCCAUAUAAUUAUAAGUACUUUUAUACUAGUCUGCAUUCAGUUAUUAAACUUUUAAUAAAUUUAUUAAUUGUGUAAAGGCACGUUUUACGUCAAUAUUGGGCUUGUCGUACACGUUUGCUAAACAUUGAAUUAUAAUAAAUAAAAUGUUUGUUAAUGUGUUUGUAAUUCAAAUUUGUUUAGGUUUAAUUAUCUUAAAAUUUUAAUAUAACUUGAAGUUAGCUUAUAGAUGUACAUCUGUACUUAAUAAACAUAUCUUGAUUCGUAGGUUUGCGACAAUCCUAAAAAUUGAUUUUGUAAAACUUAAAGAAUUAUAACUAGAGCCUUAUGUAAAUCUAUAGCAUACAAAUCGUACUUCACAAAAAAAAACAUAACAAAAACAUUCAUUUGUAAUAAAACAUAAAUUAUAUAUUAAAUCAUUCACGGGCGUUGCAUUUUGUAUACCUAAUAUAAUACUAUUUAAAAAAAUUUUUUCUGAGACCAUUUUAUCACCAUAAAAAAAAAGAUAAUGAUAGGAAAUUCUAUUUUGAUUAAUUCAACAAUAUUAUGUCACUGUUUUUCUCUCGGAGUAGGCAACAGUAUAUAAUUAAUAAUAAUGUUUUCAACUAUUCUGUCGGAAAAUCGAAAAUCAUUAUAAAAUGAAAUCACAAUAAUAUUAAUAGGAAAAGUACAUAACAAUAUUUAAGGGGCUACAUACACUUUUAAAAUUGGAUUUUUUACAUACAGGGGAGCUUCGGUUUUUAUUUUCACAUAUUUUUAACUUUUACUUUUCAGAACACAAAAAAUUUAGCUUUUGCGACAAUCCAAUUUUUUUUUUUUAAAGCAUCGUCAAGAAUGUACAUCUUAUUGUGUUAGUUCUUUCGUUCUAGAAGUAUAUUUUGGGAAACACUAACAGUUAAAAUUUCCUUUGUAUUUCUCUGAUUAUCCUGUCACCAGUUUAGAUGUCCAACGGGUGGUGCUUCUUUUGUUGUCUCAGCGAGAGACGUUUCCUUAUUUUUGAAUAAAACCUAUGUAACCCUUUACAAAAUAUUUGAAAUAUAAAUAUUUCAUUGUUGCUUUUUUCUUAAAGAUCAAUGUACCGAAUUCAAAACAUUUAUUUUCUUCAAUGAUUCUUGUAUCAUUAUGCCAAAGGAUUCCCAGUUCAUUAAAAGCACAAUUUUUGGUAAUCGUGACCGAUAUCUGUAUGAUACUAAAUGCAUACCGGUCUUCUAAUCAAAAAAAAAAACUUUGUUUAUAGAAGACAAUUUUUUGAACAAAAUUAUAUAUACUUAUUAUACACUUUGCAAGAAUAUGCAUAAGUUGUUUUUUUUAAUAUACCUGCGUUUACAUUAACUGAAAGCGUCUUUUUUUGCAAUUGCCUUGACGGAACUACUGUGCGCCCAAAAUCUUGUAAAAUAUGGAAGAGUAAAGUAUAAGAAUACAUAAUCAUCAUCAACAUUCCAGUCCACCUACCUAAAGCCACCUUCACACAGACAUUUUGAAUCCCAGAACAGUUUGAUGAAACUGAAAUUUGAUCACUUUUAAGAAUCUUACCUUAUUUUGGAUCUUUAUAUACGGCCCUGUUCUAGUUUUUACUUUGGAAAUAAUCACAGCGUUUCUAACCUUUUCUAGCUUUUACUUCAAAAAAAUAAUCACGGUUUCUUAUGGCCCUCAUAUUGAACUUUUUUUAUUUUCAUAUUUGUUGUAUUUUUUUGCAAAUAAAAUAAAUAAAUUGAAAACUAAUUGAAGGUUUGUUGUUUUGCCUAAAAUAUCACUCAACUUUUUGUGUAAAAUGUAUGAAACGUUUGCGGCAGGGAUAUCGGCAGCCCUUUUUCUUUAGUAUUUCGCAGCACUUUCUGUACAUAUUAUUUAUAUAAAUCCCGAUGCAGAUAGAGAGCCAUAGCAGGUCAAAAUUUAAUAUGCUCUUUGGUUGAAAAACUCUGGAAAUGCUUAUGCUUUUGUUAAGAGACUGCCGAUGCAGUCAGCUGUUUAACUUCACACCAAAACUUAAUUUGGCUUAGAAAAUUCCCCAACCAACAGUGGAGAUUUUAUAAUGCUAAGGGGAAAUCUUAAAAAUGUUAUCGAAUUCACUACCAAGUGAAAACUGGAACAGGCCGGAUAAUAUCUAUACUUUGUACUUUUCUAGCGGGAAACAAAACUCAAGACAUAAAUUUUAUGAUUAUUUAAAAAUUCAUGAAUUCAAAAAGUAAUUUUUAAAUAAAACAUAUAAAGGUUACGACCUAGGACCUCUAUCAAAAUUGAAAUCUAUAAGAAGUAUUAAAAGGUUUAAAGGAAAUUACAUUAAUAGCAGGCCUAGAAAUUCAAUAAAAAUAUUGCUGUGAUAAACUAAAUGCCGAUUUAUAUAGGGCUCUAGUCACGUUCAUACAUAUAUAUAAAUUUAUGGUAUAUAUAUAUAUCAUACCAUGUAUAUAUACUACAUACAUAUAUUUGGGACAUUACCUCUAAAACCGGCCAUCUAAAACCGAGUUAGGCUGUCAUAUUUUUGCUAAUUUUUCGCCUGAACAUCCUUGAAAACUUGUGAACCCAUUGGUGAGCAACACAGUAUUUUUUUAUGUCAAACAUUUCAAAUUUUAAUAAAAACUAUUUUAAAAAUAUUUUAACUUUGCUAUGUAAAAUGGCAACAAAUUCAGUUUUAGAAGGCCUGUUUUUAACAUACACAAUGACACAUAUACCAAUAUAUUUAUAAAGAGCUUAAUCGCAAACACGUAUAAGAUGAUGAAGAAUCUGUGUUACAAUAGUUUUGUGGUCCUGGAUAUAUUAACGAAGUAAUGUAUUAUUUAUGUAAUCAGAACAAUGUAUAUAGCCAUUGCUAAUUUAAAAGACUGUUUAACCAUAUUACAUAUGUUUGAUCCGAUAAUUUAUCAAUAAACAAAUAACUAAAUUAAGCUUUAUUUUACUGAAAAGUUUAUGAGCAACUCGUUAAUUCAAAAUAUAUAAAUGUAUAACUAAAUACAAACCAUUAGAUUUUAAUUAAUUUUUAAUCUUUAAAAAAUAUCAAAUGCUUCCAUUUUCUGUGUUUUUAAUCUUGAGUUUUCCCUGAAACGCUUGCAAUAUUAUUAUGUGUAUCUUUUAAUUUGUACGUCUAUAAGCUGUGCAGUAAAAAACCGUACUUUUUUCUUGCUGGAAAUUAUUUAGUUCAUUCUUUUCUUACAAGUAUAUUUUAAUAUAAAAACCUUAUAAAUAAAUAAAAGCUGGUAUCAUAGGGCACCCGUCGAUGUACGUUAUUGGUAUUGUAGUAGUACCCUAACAAUAAUAAAAGGGGACCCACAACGAAUAUAAUAGCUAUUUGUAUAUACAUGUAAUAUAUAUGUAAUGACUUUUUAUUUACUUUGAUAAUGGAUAAAUCAUUAUUUUAUUUGCUUUUAGGGAGAUAUGUUGAAUUAAAUAACUCUGAUAUAAUGAAUUUAAAGUUCACUUUAUUCAUUAUAAUUUAUUGGUCGACUGAUAGGUUUUAGCCUAAGCUGAACUAUAGAUAGUGGCAAAGGCUAACAAUGUGUAUUUAUAUAAUAUAAAUGUUAUCCUAUACCUAAGCAGAUAUAUGAGUAAAUGUUAGCAUUAAGUUGAUAGAAAUUACAUACUUACGUUUAAGUAAAUAAUACUUAAAAUAGAUUAUAACUAAUGUAUGAAAAAUAGUUUAAUUCACAUAUACAAUAAUAAAAGAAGUAAUGUUGAAAAUAUAAACUCUUUUUUGAAAAACUGAAUUUGAGUUAUCACAAGAAAACUGCAAGCUUUUGGAUUCUUUUGGGUAGAGGUCAAAAGCGGCUUUUGUUUUCGCGCCCGAACCAAGCGCAUACAAAAAGGAAACACCAUCAAGAAAAACAUCAAAUCAACGGUAUGCCGUUUAGGUGAAAAAUAUCAUGGGUGCUAAUACUUGGGGGAAUUACCUAAUUAGAGUUUUCUAAAAGCAUUCAUAAUUGAAAAGUCUGUACAAUUUUUAUCGAUGUUAUCGAUACUGCGAAUCGGUUGAUAACUAUCUAUAGUGAUCUGGCCACUGCAUUAUCGGCAAAAGUAGUUUUUUGGCAUACACUCUGGUUUUUAAGAUAUAGAGUCUAUAUUUCAAUGAGUACAUAAGUUCGAUCCCUUUUCUGUUAGGUGCUGUGCAUACCGUUUGAGAGUGGCGCUUAUGAAAGAAAUAGGUAUAUAUUAUAUAACGUCAGAAAGGUGACAGUCCGAAUUGUCAUAACCCUUGGGAAACUUUAACCCGACUAUCUGGUAUAUGUAAUUGCUUACUUAGACAAUUUUUCUGUAAACUGAUAAUAAACCACCAUAUCCAUUUGUAUCUAUACUAGACCUAAGUAAAUAUCCUUGUAACCCCAAAUAAUGUAUAUAAACCCGGUUCCAUGCUCAAUAAAAUCAGUAUCAAAAGA